CUCCAAUGUCUGAAGCCCUACUGUAGUCAGUCUGCCUCACCUCUCCCCUCUAGCCUUGGAGGACCUCUCUCUCUCUCUCUCUCUCUCUCUCUCUCUCACGCCAGUCAGAUAGAUCUAUCUACAGUACGUCCGUCUGUCUGUCUAUCAACAAUGGUGGUCCCUGGCUCUCAACACAUAGAGGACAAGAUGUAUCAUCCUCCGGAGGGUCUUCGGAAGGAUGCUCAUGUGCCUGACUUCAACUGUUAUCUGGAACUUUACAGGAAGUCUAUUGAGGAGCCGGAGGUUUUCUGGAAAGAGGUUGCUAGUGACUUCUAUUGGAAGAAGCCUCCGACGGGACACAUUCUGCAGUAUAACUUUGAUGUAACCAAAGGGAAUAUCUAUGUCAAAUGCAUGGAGGGGGCCAAAACCAACAUGUGUUACAACGUCCUGGACAGGAACGUGAAGGACAAGAACCUUGGUGAUCAAGUGGCAUUCUUCUGGGAGGGGAACUCACCGGAUCAUCACGUGGCCAUCACCUACAGCCGGCUGCUGGGACAGGUGUGCCGGUGUGCCAACGUUCUAAAGCAGAUGGGGGUGAGGAAGGGAGACAGGGUGGCCAUCUACCUUCCAAUGAUUCCUGAGCUGGUCUACACCAUGCUGGCCUGCGCCAGGAUAGGAGCUGUCCACUCCAUCGUGUUUGCAGGCUUCUCCUCCGAGUCUCUGUGUGAGAGGAUCAUGGAUGCCAAGUGCAGUAUUCUGGUGACUGCAGAUGGUGUAUACAGAGGGGAGAAAUUGAUCAACCUGAAGCAGAUAGCAGAUGAAGCUCUGGAAAAGUGCAAGGAGAAAGCAUCGGCGACCGUUAGAAGAUGUCUAGUGGUUAAGCAUUGCGCGCUGAGGAUAGAGGGUGGGGAUGUUUCCAACAAACUGCAGACCCCGUGGGAUGCUGUAUAUGAUGUGUGUUGGGAGGAGGUGAUGGGACAGGUCUCUGAGCAGUGUGAACCUGAGUGGCUGGAUGCAGAGGAUCCUCUCUUUAUACUGUACACCAGCGGAUCUACUGGCAAACCAAAGGGUGUCCUCCACACGGUGGCAGGCUACCUGCUCUAUACCUCGACCUUCAAGUACGUGUUUGACCACCAGCCAGACGAUGUGUACUGGUGUACCGCUGAUAUAGGAUGGAUCACUGGACACUCCUACAUCACCUAUGGACCCCUGGCCAACGGGGCUACCAGCGUACUGUUUGAGGGUAUUCCAGUCCACCCUCACGUGGGGCGUUUCUGGGAGGUGAUUGAGAAGUACAGAGUGACCAAGUUCUACACAGCUCCCACAGCCAUACGCCUUCUCAUGAAGUACGGGAAAGAGCCAGUACAAAAAUACGACCUGUCGUCGCUGAGGAUCCUGGGAACUGUAGGCGAGCCUAUCAACCCGGAGGCGUGGCAUUGGUACUACGAGGUUGUUGGUCAGAAGAGAUGUCCCGUGGUGGACACCUUCUGGCAGACUGAGACCGGUGGCCAUGUUCUGACCCCACUUCCUGCUGCUACUCCUCUGAAGCCUGGAUCAGCUACGUUUCCUUUUUUCGGAGUGGAUCCCACCAUACUGAACGAGCAUGGAGAGGAACUGGAGGGAGAGGCAGAGGGCUAUCUGGUGUUCAAGCGGCCCUGGCCUGGUAUCAUGCGUACUGUGUACGGAAACCAGGAGCGGUUUGAGAACACAUACUUCAAGAAAUUCCCAGGUUUUUACGUGACCGGCGAUGGCUGCAGGAGAGAUGGAGAUGGCUACUACUGGAUCACAGGCAGGAUAGACGACAUGAUCAACGUAUCAGGUCACCUGUUGAGUACAGCGGAGGUGGAGGCAUCUCUAACAGAGCAUGGAGCGGUGGCCGAGGCAGCAGUGGUCAGCAGACCCCACGCGGUCAAGGGGGAGUGUCUCUACUGUUUCGUUACUCUGAAGGACUGCAGAGAGUUCGACCGCGCUCUGGUGGAGGAACUCAAGAGACAAGUGAGAGAGAAGAUUGGUCCGAUCGCCACUCCAGACUUCAUCCAGAACGCUCCUGGACUUCCUAAAACACGCUCUGGUAAGAUCAUGAGGCGGGUCCUGAGGCAGAUUGCCCGGAACGAGAAGGAUCUAGGUGACCUUUCAACUCUGGCUGACCCUAAGGUCGUGGAGGUCCUGUUCAGCCAGCGGUGUGAGACAGCUGCUUGAGGGGCUGCAUGUCAACACUCUGUGUGGCGUCCUCUCCUCGUGUCCUCUCCUUCUCUCCUCUCCUUGUCUCCUCUCCUUCAUCUACAUUGUUCUGAAAACACAGGAUAGGUGAAUAUAGGAUAUAGAAUAUUCAGUAGGCAAUAUGGCGGAUGGGAUGUUUUCUUUCUCUUACCUAUUCAGCUUAUAUACCAGUGCAGAUGAAGGAGAGGAGACAAGGAGUGGAAGCCAGGUUAGACGAUUGAGACACACCCAGAGAGGCUCUCCCUCAAGUCACGGUGCGGAUGAAUACGGCACUGGUCCUGAAUCAGUCUCAGGGCUUUUCAUGUGCACUGUUUGGGGAUGGGAUUAGGUUUGGGAGGACAGAUCCUAGAUCAGAUCUUAUGGGAAAACGAUUGACUUUGAGUUAUUCUAUGUAGACAAACGAUAAUACAGAAGCAACAGUCCAAUGAAAGUCCCCAGCCCAAACAUUGCAUUCAGUUUCAUUUCAUUUUCUUUCCCGAACGGGGGUCAAACAGAUAGGCCAAAUAAUUAUAAAUGCCACAAUGUCAUUUUGCAUUUAAUAAUGGGUGGGCCCAUAUUGAGGUGAACUGGACCCAGAAUCAGAAUCUUACCCUUGUUGCCUGCUCAGUAACCUAACCUCUGGAACAUUCUCUCAGUGUUCUAAAUUAUUGAUCAGCUCAGGAUGGAUCAACAUGAUGAAUCAGCUUGUAGCUUCCAUCUUGCUUUUCACGAUGUGCUCCUCAGACUUGAUAGAUUAGUAAUGAUCGGUCAUGUCUAAAUGAUGAAUGAAAGCUAGCUAGCUGUUCACUUUUUUUAUAGCUAUGAAAAACUAUCCCAGGGAGACCAGUCAGCUUUGCACACUUCUACACCAGGGGCUUGUAUUUGUUUGGACGUCAAUGUAUAUUUCCAACUUGAGAUUUUAAUGUUUUUGUUGACAUGAGAAUAAAAGUGUUUCAUGUUUAA